GUGAGUGAGUGAGCAUAGAUACUAAUUAUGAACGAAGAGUAAUGUCCUUAUGGCGGCUCUUGACUUUAACUAUCAUACUCUUAUACUUCUCCGCCAUUAUACUCUUCUUAACUUACCAACCCUCGCCCUUUGAUACCACAGCGCUUUACCCUCCGACGCCCUGUAAAUGUCCCCAGAUUUUAACACUAGCUCCAGUAACUACACCGUCAGAGCCAGCUACUACUCUAUCAGAAUCUCCUCCAACUUCUCCUCCUCGACCUCUGCACACACUGGCUGUGAUGGUUCCCUUUCGGGACAGAUGGGAGGAGCUGACAGAGUUUGUACCUUACAUGCACAAGUUCUUGAACAGACAAAAUGUAUCUCAUGAAAUAUGGGUAAUAAACCAGGCAGACAAGCAUAGAUUUAAUAGAGCCAUGUUGAUGAACUCAGGGUUCAUGCUAACAGAAUCAUGCUGUGAUUAUCUUGUAAUGCAUGAUGUUGACCUCCUACCACUCAACGAUCACCUCAGCUAUGCAUAUCCAACUGACUAUAGUCCUUAUCACAUAUCAUCUCCGGAGCUCCACCCUCUCUAUCAUUACAAAAAAUUUGUCGGCGGAGUAUUAAUGAUGACUAGAGAGCAUUUUAAAAGGGUCAAUGGACUUACUAAUAUAUUCUGGGGCUGGGGCAGAGAAGAUGACGAACUUUAUCUAAGAAUUAAAGAAGCUGGACUACAGUUACAUAGACCAGCUGGUAUUACAACUGGUAAUAAGACAUUCCGGCACAAUCACGAUCGCAAGGUCAGGCCAAGAGACAUGAAAAGCUAUGGAACACAAUGGAGGCUAUCAAGACGAAGAGAUAGAGAAAGUGGUCUCCACACUUUAAAAUUUGAAGUACUCUCAAUCCACAAUAUGUCCAUCAAUGGGGCACCAUUCAAACUAGCAAAUUUAGAAUUGCACUGCGAUUAUCAGAAGACACCUUUUUGUGAUCACCCGUCGUAAGACGAAAAUUAAUUAAUUUUUUACAGGCAAUGUAUUAUUAUUUUUGUAAAUAAUUAUCAAAUUGAAAAUGUAAUAAUUAUAUUAAAAUGAUUUUUUGAAGUCCUUUCUGUUCCUGCUACUGCA